AUGAGCCAAAGUCAUUUCGCUUCACUCUUGGAGGACUCCCAAUGGACCAUGCACAUGGCUGAUCGCACGGUCGUCAGGCAGAACAAGGAGGGUGAUGCCUUGCAUCUACUUUGCUACGGUCUCGCCGUCCGCGUGGUGGACGACGUGGUCUUGGGAAAUCCUUUGGUGCAAGGCGAAGUCAUUGGCCGGGCGAACUUCUUGGGCUUGGCGAAGCGCUACCCCCUGACGGUCCGAACGCAGAGUGUGUGCCACUUUCGAACCUUGACCUAUCGACAGUUGCAACAGCGUAUGGAGACGGAGUUCCCCUUGAGGGAGUGGUAUGAGCUGGCCAAAGUUCAGGUGCAGAACUUUGUCGAAUACGACCAUGCUCAGCAGAAGGUGGAGAUUUUUCAUGCCAAGAUGAGGCGUCGGACCGAGCAAGCCUUCAACAAGCACGUGCACUUUACCAGGGUGAUCCGAGCCAAGAAGGAAGGCACUCUCGACCCGGAAAGGCCAAGGAGCUGGUGCAGGAGUUUCUGGAGUCGACCAGGCGGAGCGGGUUCGUGCGGCGCUCACCUCCGCGCGGGAAGUCAGUGA